GUUGAAUUGGGGGGCAAUGAGUGCACUGUGUUUGACGUGAUAUGUGUGUUGUCUUUCAUCACUUUUAAUGUGUGUUUAUUAUUGACAUAAAAAGAGUGAAACGUAUUAUUAUUUGAGCCAAAAAUGCCGAAAACGGGACACAAAUUGACGGCAAAAGUGGCCAAAAGUGAGGACAAUGUGGUCGACGACAACACCGCCGCCGACGACGACUCGGACACUGACGAGGAAGUGGUGUUCACGACUGGUAUCGACGCGUUGGACGACUACUUCCUACUGAAUCUGUUCUCAUAUCUGACUCUUCGGGAGAAGUUGGCCGUCGAGAGGGUCUGCAAGCGGUGGCAGACAGUGAUCCUCCAGUUGUUGACCAAACAGUCGGGUUUGGGCACGACGUGGGCCGACGACGACGACCACUUCUGUCUGGACGCCCGACGCGACCAUUGCGUGACCGGCGGUGACAUCAGGCAAGCGGUGGUUAUGCCCGACGGCUGGCUCUACGACCUGACGGCCGAACAAUCGCUGACCAAUUUGGAGGCCAUCGCUCGCAAGUGUCCGCACAUUAAGUGCUUUCACGUCAGCCAUUGUGUGAUUGAUAUCCACUGUUUCGACGUUUUGUGCGAAGUGUUCCCCGACUUGGAGUGCAUUCAUCUCAGGAAGAAUCUGUUGAAACCGGUACCGAAGAAGACACACCUCGAUGUGUGGACAGGCAUUGGCGAAGCGUUGGCGCCCUAUAUCUAUCACCUGUCGAUUGAUCCGCACUACGAGUUCCGUAUGAAGGAGUGCCACAUGAGAGCACUUCUGCAACCCAUGAAACUUCUGGAAGAGUUCCGAAUGGGAACCAACUUUGACCGCGAAGUCGUCGGAAACUUUGUCUCACUUCUGCCCAAACGAUGCAAACUCUUCUACUCUUUAGGUCGUGAGCUAUUGGUGGAAGCGUUAACACAUUUGGCUAAAAAUCACAGCCAAAGUCUGACACACUUGUGGUUCACAUCAAACGCGUUGAGGACCACCGAAGCGCUGAUCAAAAUUGGCCACAAUUUCCAGAAUUUGGUCAAACUUAAGGUGAAUCUGUCGUUCAACGAGACAAUACUGAUGUCUUCGUCGCCGAUCUCCUCAUUGACACAAUUGCGUGAGUUCUCAGUCGACUUAAACACCUUCAGCGACGCACACGUCGACGACGGCAUCAUGUGGUGCAUCAAAGAGGGUCUGCCGUCCGUACAGGUGCUGGAGGUGUCGCGCGCCUGCCUAUCGAGCCGUGCGUUCAACGCCAUCGGCAACUGUUUGCCACAACUCAAUAAACUCGUGCUUAAAAUCAUCGAAAUUCAGUGCAUUUGCGAGUCGAGCGAAGGCCGCGAUCGCACCGAACGCUACAACUGUUCCACUUGUAAGGAGAGGUGUUGGCAGUCGUUGGCCAACAAUUGUCAUAAUCUCCGAGAACUUCAUUGUCUCAGCUUUUACUACAGGAAUGAAAAGGAGAAACCAUUUCACGACGAGUUGUGCCAAUUGUUGCCUCAAUACCAGACAUUACGGUAUUUGCAAACAUCUCAUUACGACGUCUCUGGCGUUAAACUAUUGGAUUCGUUGAACGCAUUGAUGAAAGAGACCGAAAAGGGAGACCUCUUUACCCUCAAAGUGAAGACAUCGAAAGCCAACGCUUUACAGGCGGUUAAGACACCCAAAGUGCGCGUCUUUACCGAGUGUUUUAUGACUUGA